AUGGCUCCUCUUUGUACCUAUUCUCUGUCACUUGACUUCUUGAAUUAUGCUAACGACGUGCAGGUAUCUAUAGUAUCAAUUGGUAACACGGUUCAAUGCUACCUCACCACGAACUAUUCCGAGCAAGUCUAUCUCGGUCCGGCGCCCACACCAGGGCAAGCCUAUCCUCCUAAAUCCCCUACCACGCCUCUCUCAUCGCGAACAUUCGGUACAUGGACUUUGAUUCAAUCCAUGGUGCGAGCAUACGCUGCCUACAACAUUUCAAAUCCGCAGAUUUACCAAAUGGCAUAUUUGACAUAUGUCGUGGCAUGGCUCCAUUUCAUGUCUGAGUGGUGGGUUUUCAAGACGGCAAGAUGGGGAAGGGGAUUGAUGUUCCCUGUUUUGAUCGCAAACGCAACUUUGGUCUGGAUGUGGAAACAACAUGGGUUUUACGUUCAGUAA